AUGCGCUUCCUGGUAGUGUUCCUCCUUUGGCUCAGCACCAUAGCUGCCUCUUACCCAGCUGGCUCGCAUGUCGUCCACGACAAGCGAGAUACGGACCCGGUAGGAAUGCAAAGAGUUUCGCGUGCACCGAAGGACGAACUACUCCCGGUGCAAAUCAAGUUGAAGCAGCAAAACUUGGAGCAUGGCGCUCGCUUUGUCCAGGACAUCUCCGACCCGGAUUCACCCAACUUCGGCAAUCACUGGACCCUCGAGGCAGUCAACAAAAAGUUUAAGCCUCUACCAGUGACGAUAAACACCACUCUCAACUGGGUUCAUGCGGCUGGCAUCGAGAAGAGUCGCACCAAGCUCUCGUAUGACCGGACUGAAAUCAUGUUCUCAGCGACUGUCAAUGAGAUUGAGGAACUACUUCAAACGGAGUACCACGUUUUCCAAGAUGACCAAUCUGGCGGAUACCAGAUUGCAUGCGAUGUUUACAGCCUUCCAGAGCACGUCCAGGAACACGUCGACUCCAUCGCGCCUACUAUUCAGCUGGUCCGCUCGCAUCCAACGGCUCUGGCAAGAACAGCGACGAACUAUCCGGCUACCCACGAUCACACUCCUGCUCCUGGUGGCCCCGAAGAUGUCUCAAACUGUCGGAAUAUUUUUACCAUCCAGUGUCUGCGCGAAAUGUACGGCGUUCCUGUUGCCAGCCUCAACCACACCGGCAACGAGCUCGGUAUUCUUUCGCUUAAUAACUGGCUCUGGCUUCCAGACUUGAAAGAUUUCUUUAGGAACUAUACGAGUCCUCAGAUUCCGCCGGAUGUUGAGCCAGAAUAUAUCUCCAUUGAUGGCGGCAAACGGGGGAACCGGUCUGAAAUAGAAGCUGGCAAGGGACGUGAAAGUGCGUUGGACGUUCAGACUGCGUACUCCAUCAUCUACCCUCAACAGGUAAGAUUGUACCAAAUCGACGAUACAACAGCAGCAAGGGCGGCUGGCGGCGGAUUCAAAGCGCUUCUGGACGCCUUGGUGAGAUUCUUCUAA